AUGCCGACAGUUAUGUUCCUAGGCGGCCAUCUCUUCUUCACCUUCCUAGCGCCAGGGAGUCCACGGAAAACCAUCCCAGCUGAGGAUAACACCAUCAUCAGGGCGGCUCGAGAGCAACCCUUAACCAACGCCAAGAACUUAUUGAUGGGGACCUCGGCGGCCCACUGGCCCGCCCGCCCCGGGGACCUCGGCGGGCCCAGUGGCCCGCCCGCCCCGGGGACCUCGGCGGGUCCAGUGGCCCGCCCGCGCCUGCCCGCGCCUGCCCGCCCCGGGGACCUCGGCGGGCCGACUGGCCCGCCUGCCCCCGGGAACCUCGGCGGGCCGACUGGCCCGCCCCCCCGUGGACCUCGGCGGGCCAAACUGGCCCGCCCACCCCGGGGACUUGGCGGGCCGGACUGCCCAGUCCGCCCCGGGGGACCUCGGCGGGCCCAGUGGGGACUCCCGCCCGCCCCCCGGGGACCUCGGCGUGCCUCCCGGGGCCCCGCCAACCCCCGGGGAGGCCUCGGCGUGCCUCCCGGCCCUCCCACCACCCCCCGGGGACCUCGGGGGGGGGGGCGUGCCUCCUAG